GCAAUCUCUUGUAGUACUUGCUAUUGAAUCAUCAAAGCACUAUUCCAUCGCCGUAGAACUGAUGCAUCGCGCUUUAUGUGUUUCAGAAAUUCUCCUACAGGUAUUCAUGCAUGUGAAUAGAGUCCUGGACCCAUAUGCACCAUUAUUGUCAUAUCGCGAGAUAUCAUUGGCGCGGAAAUCCUUUGCAGCGCUUGCUAGGACAUGCAAACUUUUUUACGAGCCUGCAAUGGAUUUGCUUUGGGCUGAGUUGGAUGGGAUAAAACCACUGCUAGGUUGUGUAACAAGGCUACAUCCAGUCAUGUAUUGUAGGGGCGGUUCAAAGUACUUGUGCUUUGAAGUUAUCGAGCCAUUAUAUGAACAUGAAACCUGUCAAUUCUUGCAUCACGCCCAUCGCGUUCGCUCAUUGAGAAUACUACACGACGACUACCUUCACGUUCUCUCAGACCUCCUGAUCGAGUGCAUGUUUCCGAGAUUGUUGUCGCUAUCAACGGAUCGAAAUUUGAAUCGAUACCUGCAUCUCUUCCCGUCACCCACGCUGCGUCGUUGUACCUUACCAUGCGUUCAACCAGAUUUGAAAUCUGUCCCAAUCCGUUGUGCUGCUUUGGAGGAUUUGUCCAUCAAAUCCUCCUUCGGAAACAUAGCGGCAGAUGGGCAGGUGCUGUAUGACAGUAUCCGUUUGUGCAAACGACUUGUGACUCUGGCUUGCCCACCACUCGAUUGGACAACAUUGGAGUACCUUUCCAACCUCCCUACCCUUCGUACGCUGGAGAUCUGGGACGACCGCUGUUCGUUGGGCUCGUGUAAUCUCACUUUCGCGCCUUUCCUCAACAUCACGACACUGUAUUUCUAUACCAGGAGAGUCGCAUACACCAUCGCAGUCAUGCAACAUCUAGAUUUCCCUUCGCUAAAUCAAUUCGAGAUGGACAUCGUUAAGUUGCCUUGGGCAGAGGCUGAGCCGCUCUUUCAUGCACUGUCACGGCACAAGACCCUUUCACACAUUGCCAUCUCCUCUGAACGUGGUGAUCAAGAACUUCAGGACCUCUUGGGCAACUCCUCGACGCCAAUCAGACAAUUCCUUUGUUUCACGCAAUUGCGAAUCCUGCGGUUCAAUUUUCCUUGUUGCUGCAUAAACCUUGACAACGACCUGCUUUUGGAAGCCAUGUCAAGUUGGCCACACAUCCGAAUGCUGGAAUUUGUUGAUCCCCAGGCGGCACCUACCGUUACAUUCCGCGGAUUAUUCACAGCUCUCCACCGAUGUCCCCGCUUGCAUACGUUGGACAUACCAUUAGAUACCACCGAUAUCGAUGUCGAUCCUACAGCCGAUUCGUUCCUUCAUACCUCUCUACGACAUUUGAACUUGACCUCCUCUGCCAUGUCGAAUGCUGAAGGUGUAUCUCGCAUUAUUUCCUCGGUACUCCCUUCUGUCGAUCGAACUUGCCCUCCAGGAUACAAGCGCCCCUCUGGUAUCUGCCUUGAGGUUCAGAAGCAUCUUGAAUCUUUUAGGGAAUCUUCGGUUCUUGGUCGCCAUAUCCUCACCUGAUCGUCAUAUCCUGCAUGUCGGCUUUUUCGAUGUGAAACACGGAGCGUUUCACGUAUGUACCUAGAGCAACCGUGUCUUCACCCGUUUGAAAGACCUAAAAACCUUCUAUUAGAACUCAUGCAGUGCCCCGGUAGGGAUCUUUUUGCUCAUGGCCAAUUGUACAUAGUGUUGUCGAGGGCGAGAAUACGAACAGGACAAGAUUGUAUUAAUAUUGUAUUUUCUAAAUUGCUACUGUAAACACUAUAGAGCCGACUGAACGGGUGUCUUUGUAGCAUGCAAGGCUCGAAG